CACACACACACAGAGGCAGACUUUGCUCCGUUGAGACGAUUCUCAUGUGAUUGUAGGAGUUAUUUGCAAGUCAGGGGAGUUUUUGCUCCAUUCCAAGACACACACACCACGGACACACAUGAUCAUACACACACCUGGGGUUACAAAAGCUGCCCUGCGUUGUAAAGGACUCCACAUCACGUUUAGGUGAUUGAAACAGGACUGCUGCACCAAUAAGGUAUUGUGAAUACAUUUUUUGAAUUAUUCUCAUUGGCUCAUGCUUUCCAUACCUCUAGAUUUAGGUUAAUUUGAGAGAGUGUGAGAUUUUCAGUAAAUGUAUAGAUUAUAAAAACGCAUAUAUUUUGUGAAGAAUGUGUGUGCUGGAAGGGUUUAAUACAAAAAAUAAAAUUUUCUUCCUGUAAUAUAUCAGCAGGUAACUGUUAAACAUCUUUCUCAAUGUGUUUUUAGGAGAUUUCUGGGUUGUUUGUGUGUGUGUGUGCACGUGCGUGUGUGUGUCUGCUUUACCCAUGCAGUGUGUAGUUGAUAGAAGUGUAGUUAGUAUCUGUGUGUUCUCUCCUCCUCCAAUCCAGCUGUAGAGACAUGUGGUGGGUGUUGGUCCUGCUGCUAUCCCUGGCCAGCCGGGCUCUGUCUUUAGAAAAGCUCAACAUGUGUAUGGAUGCCAAACAUCACAAAAAAGAGCCUGGCGCCGAAGGACAACUCUAUCAACAGGUGUGUGUGUGUGUGUAUGUAUGGUAGGAGAGUGAGUAGAAUGGAUGGAAAACAGCAUAUAUGUAUUCAUCUUUAAAUUAAUAAUGAAUUUAUCUAUGUUUGUUCUUUUCCUCCUGUAGUGUGCUCCAUGAAGGGAUAAUGUUAUUUACCUCCUGUAGUUUGCUCCAUGGAGGGAUAAUGUUAUUUUCCUCCUGUAGUGUGCUCCAUGGAGGGAUAAUGUUAUUUUCCUCCUGUAGUGUGCUCCAUGGAGGGAUAAUGUUAUUUUCCUCCUGUAGUGUGCUCCAUGAAGGGAUAAUGUUAUUUUCCUCCUGUAGUGUGCUCCAUGGGGGGAUAAUGUUAUUUUCCUCCUGUAGUGUGCUCCAUGGAGGGAUAAUGUUAUUUUCCUCCUGUAGUGUGCUCCAUGGAGGGAUAAUGUUAUUUUCCUCCUGUAGUGUGCUCUAUAGAGAGAUAAUGUUAUUUCCCUCCUGUAGUGUGCUCCAUGGAGGGAUAAUGUUAUUUUCCUCCUGUAGUGUGCUCCAUGGAGAGAUAAUGCAUGUUGUACGGCUAACACCAGUGCGGAGGCCCAUGAUGAUAACUCCUAUCUGUACAACUUUAACUGGAACCACUGUGGCAUCAUGACCCCCAAAUGCAAGAAACACUUCAUCCAGGACACCUGCUUCUACGAGUGCUCACCUCACCUUGGGCCCUGGAUACAGCAGGUAAAGACAUAGCCUUGUUUCCUAGGCAGAUACUCUGGCAAUUGGCCAGACUAGACUAAGGCCCCCAGUGUUGAGGGAAUUUGAAAAAGCUGGCCCGGGCAGGUGUAGUUUGUGCCAGGUGAAAAGUGAUUGUAUUAGUUUUGUGUAAGGGUUGGUGUGAGGUGUGACCCAGGUGCGGACCCGGGCAAAAAAACGGGGCCGGGCGACGCCUGUGGUUGGCCUGAUGUUGAGACUGAUGUUGAGACUUGACGAGGCCCGAUUAAGCGCCGCCCGUACCUGCCUCUAGGUGCGGCGACAGCGACUGAUGUGGGCCUGGACCUACGGGACCGCCUCCUCCUCCUCUUGCUCGGGGAAUAGGGGGGGUUGGUACCCGUAUUGGCACUUGAAGGGGGACAGGCCGAUGGACGAGCAGAGAAGGGUGUUGUGGGCGUACUCCGCCCACGCCAGUCGCUGACUCCACGUAGCUGGGUUGCUGGAGGGGUAGCACCUCAGCACCCCCUCCAGAUCCUGGUUGGCGCGCUCCGUCUGCCCGUUCGACUGGGGAUGGAAGCCGGAAGACAAGCUGAUGGAGGCGCCAAGGCAGGUGGUGAACGCCUUCAGCUGAUGGCCACCAGAACCUCCUACGCAGGAACUCCAAUGUCCUGGCGCCCCCCGGAUGGCUGGUGCGGUCGGACGCGUGCGCCCACAGAAGCAGUCGCGAGCGUGCAGCCUUGGGUACGUACAUCUUCCCCGAUGGACCUCCGCCCGGAUCGGGCUCCCGCCGUAGCGCUGCUCUAACCAGCCUAUUGAUUCCCCACGAAACUGGGGUAGUAAUCAGGGCGUUGGGGACAAUGGGGUCGUCCCUCUCCACCAGGUCCACGGGGUCGAACUGCCGGGAGAGCUGCCGGGAGACCCGGACGGUAUGAGAUCGUGAACCGGAACCUGGUGAAGAAUAACGCUCACCUGGCCUGGCGCGAGAUGAGCCUCUUGGCCCCCUGAAUGUAGGCUAAGUUCUUACGGUCAGACCAUACGACGAAUGGAUGGGCGGCCCCUUCUAGCCAAUGCCUCCACUCUCCCAGGGCGAGCUUGACCGCUAGCAGCUCACGGUUCCCCACGUCGUAAUUCCACUCCGCCGGGGACAGCCGAUGGGAGAAAAACGCGCAGGGGUGAGUCUUACCGUCCGUGAGGAACCGCUGGGACAGGAUUGCUCCCACCAGGGACUGAUCAGGAUGCCCGAGGACCGGGGCUGAUGUAAAGCACCGCUUAAGUGCAUCAAAUGCGUUCCCCGCUUCCAGGGUCCAGGCGAAGGAGCGUGCGCUCGUCUGAGUGAGGGCUGUCAGGGGAGCGGCUAGGGAGCUAAAAUUGUGAAUAAAUCGCCUAUAUGUAUUAGGAUGUAAUCCAAAUACACGAAGACGCUGUAGUCGAGGAGGCCCCGGAGUACGUCAUUGACCAACUCCUGGAACACCACAGGUGCGUUGGCUAGACCGACCGGCAUGACUUGGCACUCGUAAUGCCCACUGGGUGUGUUAAAAGCCGUCUUCCACUCGUCCCCCUCCCGAACCUCACCAGGUUGUAGGUCCAGCUUGGUGAAGACCCGGGCUCCCUGCAACGACUCGAAUGCCGUCGUCAUCAGGGGGAGUGUGUAGCGGUUCUUAACCAUGAUGUCAUUGAGCUCCCGGUAAUCAAUGAGGGACGGAUGUGACCCUCGACGAGUGCCUCGUUGAUAUACUCCCUCAUGGUCAGCGUCUCCGGCCAGGACAAGGAAAACAAUCGCCCUCGUGUGGGCAUGGCGCCCGGCAGGAGAUCGAUAGCGCAGUCAUAUGGCCUGUGAGGAGGUAGGCCCUUGGCACGCCUCUUACUAAACACCUCCCCCAGAUCCACAAUGAAAAACUGGAUAUCCUCCCAUAGCCCCCCUAACACCCGGACACGUACAGGGACAGUGCGCCGGGUGAUGAAGCCCGACCCCAACUGCUGGUCGUCCAGGCCCAUGACUGGAACCGGCUCAGAGAGGGAGAGUAACGGAACGCUCCUCCCUUGGGCCAGCCCCGCGGCCCCCGAAUCCACCAGUGCAUGCACCCGACGCGCAGCGCGGGCCCACUGAACCCUGACGGGGAGAAAAGUCAGGGAGUCUCUGGGGUUGGGGUUUCGGUUCCGGCUCGCUAGCACCCCUCCCGAUAUUAGCGAGCCCUCCCGUUUCCCGUGCAUGAGUCGCAGUGGUAACCUGCCUGGCCGCAGUACAGGCAAUGUCCCUGGCACAGACAUCUCUGCUUCUCCAUCCUGGACAAGCGUGCCUUGCGUCAUCUCUCUCUCAUGCGCCCUCUCACGACAUCGAUUGUCUACCCGCACCGAGAAGUUGACGAGGCCGUCCAGUCGCUCAGGCAGCUCCCUGAAGGAGAGUUCGUCCUUCAUCCCCUCCGAUAGCGGCCUCCCCCCACCGAAUGGUCACCCUGCCUACAGGCCGUGAGCCGCCUCCCGGCCUAGUGCCCCGACACCACCCGAGAAGUGUCGAACACCUUGCGUAGCUCCCGGGUGAAUUGGCAGGAGUCGGAGCACUCCGCGGUAGCCCAGGAAAGGGCCCGACCCGUCAACAGAGUGAUAAUGUAGGCCACCUGACCCUGCUCUGUCGGGAAGGAGGAGGGUUGUAGGCUGAAUACCAGGGAACACUGGGUGAGGAAUUCCCUGCAGCCCUCUGGACAUCCGUCGUACCUCACCGGAGGUGGCAGGCGGGGUUCCUGCGACAUCACAGGUGAGACUGGAGACGCCACUGCCACGGCUUCUGCUCCGCCGGCUGCCGGGGCUGGUCGGGUGUCCACCUGGCUCAGCUGGCGGAGAUUCUCGGUGAAUUGCUGCAGGCUGCGGUCGUGCUGGUUCAGCAUAGCUCCCUGCGUUGCCAAUGCGCAACGAUUCUGUGCUGCCUCCACUGGGUCCAUAUUGACUCUGUUUUCUGUAAGGGUUGGUGUGAGGUGUGACCCAGGUGCGGUGCAGGAUAGACAGUAGGCAGUAGGCAGAGAUGGUGAAACAAGGAUCUUUAGUGGUGGUCCCAAAACCAGGAUACAAAAUAACGGACAGCAAACAUACUAAAUACUAACUACGACUGAAAACAUCAAUGAAACAGGGAGAACACUUCUCAAGUACCUGUCCAUACAUCUCGCAAUCAGACACUGAUUAGUACUGUUUGGCAUCGAGCACUAGCAGAGAAAACAGAGCAAGGGAACAAAGGGAAGUGAGGGCAUAAAUACACAGGUGAACAGGUAGACACAGGUGACACCAAUAGGAUAAUGAUUAGUCCAGACUGUGAGUGAGGAGGUGCCUAAGGUUGUCGGAGGAUGACACCUAGUGGGUCGCUCCGGAACUGCGACCCCAUCCUGUAACAGUUUUGAAACCGGGCUGCUUCCCGGGCGUGAGCUGGGUACCCCGUUCUGGCUGACGACAAAGUCGGCUCAAAACAAAAGUGAAGUAGGCCUAGGUUAAGCACGUGAGUACGAUUCUGUAGGAUUAAUAGGAUUCUGUAGGAUUGAUAAGUAGGAUUUUGUAUAAUUAUUAAGUAGGAUUCCGUAGGAUUAAUAAGUAGGAUUUUGUAGGAUUAAAAAGUAGGAUUCUGUAGGAUUAAUAAGUAGGAUUCUGUAGAAUUAAUAAAUAGGAUUCUGUAGGAUUAAUAAGUAGGAUUCUGUAGGAUUAAUAAGUAUCAUUGUGUGUUCUCACAUGGAAAAGUGAUUGCUUUUGAUAAAAAAUGAAAAGUAGUCUGAAAAUUCAAGGGGAUUGUAUGUUUCUGAACGAUGCAUCAAGCUGCCUUCUUGACAACAAGACCGAACGGCGCAGAUUACUGUUUGAUUUGAGCGAGGCGCACCUCCUUCACUGGCUUCGCCCAGUCACAUGAUGGGCCAUAGGCUGGUUCAACCCAGGCCAGCUUAAUUGAAACCCCUCGGUGUCUCAGCCAUGUCACAACCACAAAAAAAAGCAUGUGCACCACAAAAAAAAAAAGAAUGAGGGAAAUCAAGGAGUUUCUCAUGGCUAGUUUCUAUAUGUAUUUUAUGCUAUAAAAUGUAAAAUGAAUCAACAUUCUAUGACUUUUAUUGUGUAGGUGGACCAGUCUUGGCGUAAGGAGCGGAUCCUAUACGUGCCUCUGUGUCAGGAGGACUGCCACAGCUGGUGGGACGACUGCAAGGAUGACUUCACCUGCAAACAGGACUGGCACUAUGGCUGGGACUGGACCACAGGUACACACACACACACACACACACACACACACACACACACACACACACACACACACACACACACACACACACACACACACACACACACACAUAUACAUACACACAUAUACACACACACAUAUACAUACACACACCAGGCAACAACACAUCCGCCAUGCUGACCCUCAACACGGGGGCCCCUCAGGGGUGCGUGCUUAGUCUCUUCCUGUACUCCUUGUUCACCCGCAACGACGAUGAGACAGCCUAUAGGGAGGAGGUCAGAGACCUGACAGUGUGGUGCCAGGACAACAACCUCUCCCUCAACGUCAGCAAGACAAAGGAGCUGAUCGUGGACUACAGGAAACGGAGGGCCGAGCACGCCCCCAUUCACAUCGAUGGGACUGUAGUGGAGCGGGUCAAGAGCUUCACGUUCCUCUGUGUCCACAUCACUCAGGAUCAAUCAUGGUCCACACACGCCAACACAGUCGUGAAGAGGGCACGACAAUGCCUCUUCCUCCUCAGGAGGCUGAAAAGAUUUGGCAUGGUUCCUCAGAUCCUCAAAAAGUUCUACAGCUGCACCAUUGAGAGCAUAUUGACUGGCUGCAUCAACGCUUCUAUACCAGGCGGUGUCAAAUUGUCAAAGACUCCAGCCACCUAAGUCAUAGACUGUUCACUCUGAUACCGCACGGCAAGCGGUACCAAUGCACCAAGUCUGGAACCAACAAGACCCUGAACAGCUUCUACCCCCAAGCCAUACCCCCAAGCUAUAAGACUGCUAAAUAGUUAGUUAAAUAUUUAACCAAAUAGCUACCCGAACUAUCUGCAUUGAUCACAUAGGCUGCUGCUACUGUUUAUUAUCUAUCUUGUUGCCUAGUAACUUUAUUCCUAGUUAUAUGUACAUAUCUACCUCAAUUACCUCGUACCCCUGCACAUCGACUCGGUACUGGUACCCCGUGUAUAUAGCCAAGUUUUCAUUACUCAUUGUGCAUUUAUUAUUACUUUUAUUAUUACGUGUUAAUACUUUUCUAAUCUUUUUCUAUUUUAUUUAUCUCUGCAUUGUUGGGAAGGGCCCCUAAGUAAGCAUUUCACUGUUUGUCUACAUCUGUUGUUUAAGAAGCAAGUGACGAAUAGAAAUUGAUUUGAUUUUACACACACACACACGGGUAUACGCUCUCUCUCACACACGCACACACACACACACAAACAUAUAUUGUUUUAUUUAAAUGGAAAAUAAAACAUUGUGAUGAAACUUUGUUUGUUUAUCCUGUCCUCUCUCCUCCCCUUCUUCUCUCCACUCCAUCCCUCUUCCAUCCUCUCCUCCCUCUCUCUCAGGGCAUAACCGCUGUCCUGCUGAGGCUAAGUGUCGUAAGUGGACUGAUGUCUUCCCUACAGCCCAGAUUAUGUGUGAGAAGAUCUGGUCUGACUCCUACAGCUACACUACUCUCUCCAACUCUUCUGGCCGCUGCAUGCAGCUGUGGUUCACCGGAAAGAACCCCAACGAGAAGGUGGCGGAAUACUACUUAAACCACGCCCCCUGGCAACAUGCUACCCCCGCCUCACUCCUCCUCCUGGCAACAAUGUCAUUAAGUGUUGUCCUGCUCUGAAUAAAACCACAGAUGUUCAUGUAAUGGAUGGCUUUAUGUGUCCUUGUCUCCCUACACAAAUUAACUGUCUC